GCGAACGCUGGUUUUCCCUCGGCAACCAACUGGGCUCCCCAGAACUCAAGCGCAUGGUUUUCUGGAACAGAAAAUGCUCUCGGAGCGGUCUCGGAGCACGGUGCAACUCUUGGGGAACAUGCUUGCCAAUUCAGCCAGCGUGCGGAUUCUCAUCAAGGGAGGCAAGGUGGUGAACGAUGACUGUACCCACGAGGCUGAUGUCUACAUUGAAAAUGGCAUCAUUCAGCAGGUGGGCCGGGAGCUCAUGAUCCCCGGAGGGGCCAAGGUGAUCGAUGCCACCGGGAAGCUGGUGAUCCCUGGAGGCAUUGACACCAGCACCCACUUCCACCAGACCUUCAUGAACGCCACAUGUGUCGACGACUUCUACCACGGGACCAAGGCCGCGCUGGUGGGUGGCACCACCAUGGUCAUUGGCCACGUCCUGCCCGACAAGGACGCCUCUCUGGUGGAUGCCUACGAGAAGUGCCGGGGUCUGGCCGACCCCAAGGUCUGCUGUGACUAUGCCCUCCACGUGGGGAUCACCUGGUGGGCACCCAAGGUAACAGUNNNNAUGGAGACUCUGGUGCGGGAGAAGGGUGUCAACUCGUUCCAGAUGUUCAUGACCUACAAGGACUUGUAUAUGCUUCGAGACAGUGAGCUGUACCAAGUGUUACACGCUUGCAAGGACAUUGGGGCAAUUGCCCGAGUCCAUGCUGAAAAUGGGGAGCUCGUGGCUGAGGGUGCGAAGGAAGCACUAGAUUUGGGUAUCACAGGCCCAGAAGGAAUCGAGAUCAGCCGUCCAGAGGAGCUGGAAGCUGAAGCCACGCACCGAGUCAUCACCAUUGCAAACAGGACUCACUGUCCCAUUUACCUGGUCAAUGUGUCCAGCAUCUCGGCUGGUGACGUUAUUGCAGCUGCUAAGAUGCAAGGGAAGGUGGUGCUGGCCGAGACCACCACGGCCCACGCCACGCUGACAGGCCUGCACUACUACCACCAGGACUGGUCCCACGCGGCCGCCUACGUCACGGUGCCUCCCCUGCGGCUGGACACCAACACCUCGACCUACCUCAUGAGCCUGCUGGCCANUGAUACUCUGAACAUCGUGGCGUCUGACCACCGGCCUUUUACCACGAAGCAGAAAGCCAUGGGCAAGGAGGACUUCACCAAGAUCCCGCACGGCGUGAGCGGUGUCCAGGACCGCAUGAGCGUCAUCUGGGAGAGAGGGGUGGUUGGAGGGAAGAUGGAUGAGAACCGGUUUGUGGCGGUUACCAGCUCCAACGCAGCGAAGAUUCUCAACCUGUAUCCCCGCAAGGGCCGUAUCAUCCCUGGAGCCGAUGCCGACGUGGUCGUGUGGGAUCCGGAAGCCACAAAGACCAUCUCGGCCAGCACCCAGGUGCAGGGCGGAGACUUCAACCUGUAUGAGAACAUGCGCUGUCACGGCGUGCCGCUGGUCACCAUCAGCCGGGGCCGGGUGGUGUACGAGAACGGCGUGUUCAUGUGUGCCGAGGGCACCGGCAAGUUCUGCCCCCUGCGGUCCUUCCCGGACACGGUCUACAAGAAGCUGGUGCAGAGGGAAAAGACUUUAAAGGUUAAGGGCGUGGACCGCACUCCCUACCUGGGGGAGGUAGCUGUCGUCGUGCAUCCUGGAAAAAAGGAGAUGGGAACGCCGCUGGCCGACACUCCCACCCGGCCCGUCACCCGACACGGUGGCAUGAGGGACCUUCACGAAUCCAGCUUCAGCCUCUCUGGUUCUCAGAUCGAUGACCACGUUCCAAAGCGAGCUUCGGCUCGGAUCCUCGCUCCCCCCGGAGGCAGGUCAAGUGGCAUUUGGUAAAGGCACUGACCAGCCCCCCAAGGAGGACGCACCGCUGCCACCAGCCUGCACACCCUCAGCCGCAGCUGCAGGGGGGGGAGAGGCCGGGCUGGACGGCACCAUCUGAGAGGGCCACGGGACCUGGGGGGCCCUCCCCGUGUCUGCCACGUGAUUCACUGUGCUUCGAGCCAACCCUAACAGGCACUUUGAGAUGUGUUCCUGCUGCAGUCCUCUCCUGCCUCGCCUCGGCAGGCUUUCCUGGGGCCCAGGAAGCCCUUACUAUGCAGAGCCCUGGCAUAGGCCCCGCCCAGCCCCUGCUCUCCCCCGACCCCACCCCCUCCCCGUCCUGGCUUUGGGAAAGCCCAGUCUUUAGUGCCCUGCCCCUGGCCCACCGGCCAGUUGCCCAGAGCACUUUAGCAGAUGUGUUUUUAAGAAAGGACUCUCCUGUCCCCGUAGGCCUGUGGUCACUUUCCCGAGUCAGACAGGUGGUAGCUUCCCAGCCACGCCCAGGACAUUCCCUGCCGGUGUGGUUGGGCCCCCGGGAUGGGUGUGGCUGGAACACUCUGCGCCCUCUGCCAGCUUCUCCCUCUCCCCCCACCCAGCUCCCUGGGGCAUGCCAGGCCCCGAGGGGCCGGCUGGGUGGGUGUGAGGCUGGUGCCAGGCGCGUGUACAUGAUUUCGUUUUGCACGUUUGGUUUGCGCAGUGGUUUGGUUUGACUUGUUCGUGCAUCCUGUGAAAAAUAACGGUGCUUCGUGACACUAGCAUAGCAUAGAAACAGGAAUAGAUGUGGACCUUAGGAGAUGCUGCACUCGACACCAACCAGAUGCACCAACCAGGGUGCAGUAGGAUGGGGUCCUGGACUCACAGGCCCCUCUGCUCCCCUGCUGGAGUCUUCCAGGCUGCCAGAGGCCCUUCCCAGGCCCUCGUCCCUCUCCUCCCGGUCUCGUUGCCUACAGCCUGGGAGGGUACCCGGGGUACUGGCCCCGGACACCUUCAGGGUGUGGGGUGGCCUUCCCCAUCUCUGGCCCUGGUCAUCCCAGCACUAACCCCCACUUCCCCCCCCCCAACACCAGCUGCCUAUAAACUCCCCCUGCUGGACAGAGGCCUAGUCCCUUCUCCUGUGUGAUUGGCAAGAGGACUCCUGCCUGCUAAGAGAGGGGGAGCAGUGGGGGAGCUGAUGCCAGGACGGGAGAGCCGGCCGGCAGGACCUGGCUGAACGGCCUGUGCUGAGCAGCCCACCGUCCCGGGCUCGUGGCCUCCUCCUCCUCCCACAUCCCUGCCUCUGAAGCUCCAGGAAGUGUCCAUGCAACUCCAGAGGCCAGGUGGCCUCCGUCCACCUGAGGGACCUGGGGAGCGACCGCCUGCCCUUGGGGAGUGCUUUCAUGUUGCAGUCGGUUGGAGCACCCCAGCCUCGCACUGGGCUGCUGGACCUUGAGCUAACAGUCAUCCCCGCACGCCUCUCUGGUGCUUUUCCUCUAUGACCUCUCAUUUCCCCUCAUGACCGCAGAGCAUCUACUCUCCCCAUUUCACAGAGGAGACCUAGAAAGGUCAGGCCCACUGUCCCUAGAAGUAUCCCUGACACAUCUGCUAUCUACCCCAGCUGUAGAGGGGAGCAGCAGGGGACACCUCCUCGGGUAGACCCCACCGAGGAGCUUAACUAAGGAACACUCGACCCCCCCCCAGCUAGGUUUCUGCUUUGUUUGCACAGGUAGAUGGAUUUUCUUGUAAACAAACUAAUGCAAAUCCACUGUUCGAGCCAGAACGAGCUAACCGAGCUAACCGUUGGAGGCCUGCCAUGUGGCCUGAGCUGCGUCCAUGUCCGCUCAUCUCCCUUCGUGCUCGUUUGCCCACUUAGGGGCUGAGAGGGUGGACACACAGGUCAGGGAACAGAGGUGGGGGCCUCAAAGAGGGGGGCAGCCGUGGGCACUGCGGGAGAGGCCAGGCCUGGGAGACCAUGGUGCUGGCCCCUUGGUCCAGUGCACAUCUCUACCCCGUCGGCCCUUGCUGGGUCAUGGGCCUGGGCAGAUGCCAAAGAGCCGAGCAGUGGUAGUGGCCAGCGGGCAGAGUGUCCCUGCCAGGGCCAGGAAAGCUUUACCUUCUCUGAGUGCCUCCGCCCAAAGGAUGGUGGUCCCCGCGGCGCAGGAGACCCCGGCUUGGAGUGGCCCACUGUGCAGCCUUCCAUUUCACCCCCUCCCAUCCUUCCAUGGACCCUACCCUUCCCCAGGAGCUUCUAGAUGCAAAUCAGAAAGAGGUUCAAGGAACCAAAUGAACCGCCAGCCGCCCCACUUCUUGCCUCCCUGCAGAGCUUCAGCCAGCUCCAUCACCAGCCUCCCUCCCUCGCCCCCCCCCCCCAUUGCAAUGAAGAGGGUCUCUGGUUGCACUGAAUGCAGCUCUCGAAUUGGUCUUGUACUUGCUGAAUAAAUACUGUUGUUUUUGCCUUAGCUGCUCUCUAGGUUUGUGGGUUAAGUUACCAGAAAAUUGUACUCCUGUGUGCGUGUGUGCGUGCGUGUGUGUAGUGCUAGAGUCCACAGUAGGUCUCUGUCAAGCCAAUGCCGUGACGAGGGCUUUUCCACUCCCGACCCAGAAAACGCAGAAGCACCGGAAGCCCCCCCCAGCCCCGCCAGCCGGGGGCAGGGAGCCGCCAGCGCCCAAGUGACUUCCUCACUCCUCUGUUAAUGUCAUGGUGCUAAGGUUGUGUCACCUCCAGACGACACGCGGUCCUGUGCUUUGGCCACCUGUUGGAGGCAAAAACAAAACAGCCCAACACGUUGUGUUCUGGUGCAGGUUUGUAUUAAACUGUAGCUACUUCUCA